GGAUCUGUCUUUGUGGACAGGGAUGGGAAGCAUUUUCGACACAUUCUCAAUUGGUUAAGAGAUGGCAUAGUUCCAACUCUUUCUGACUCUGAGAUUCAAGAGCUUCUGCGAGAGGCAGAGUACUAUCAGUUGCUCGGACUCAUCGAUGGAAUAACUGAACUAACAAGUAAAAAGAAGGAAGAUGAGGAACCUCAGUCAGAGCUGAAGCGUGUUGAUGUUAUCAAGUGCAUACAGUUUGAGAAAGUUAGACUGCGAGGGGUUAACCUUUCUGGGCUUGAUCUGUCCAAGCUGGACCUUUCAUAUGUUGACUUCAGCUAUGCAAGUCUUAAAAACGUGUUCUUCUCACGUGCAAACCUUCAGUGUGCUAAGUUUCGGGAUGCAGACGCUGAGGGCUCAAUUUUUCAUAAUGCAACUUUGCGAGAAUGUGAAUUUACUGGAGCAAACCUUCGUGGGGCCUUAUUAGCAGCUGCUAAUCUCCAGAGUGCCAAUUUACAAGAUGCUUGUUUGGUGGAUUGCAGCUUCUGCGGAGCAGAUUUACGCUCUGCACACCUUCAGGGGGCUGAUCUAACUAGUGCGAACUUAGAGGGAGCUAAUCUUGAAGGAGCAAAUUUGAAGGGCGCAAAACUUUCAAACGCCAAUUUGAGGGGUGCAAACCUACAACGAGCCUAUUUGCGAUAUGUGAAUCUUCAAAAUACUCAAUUGGAAGGUGCAAGGCUGGAUGGGGCAAAUUUACUGGGAGCAAUCAGAUGAACUAGUGUUUAAGGUGUAUGAUUCAAGGAAUAUCACUAUGCUUUUAUAAGUAUAUAGCAUGCAUAUAUACAAUAUCAUUAUGGUGGUGAACGUUUGCUGAAUCCACGCCAAGUUGGUGAGA